ACACACACUACACUAAUGCAUCCGCCGGCCCACAUAGCUCCCGCUUCCCCAUGGGGAGAGCCAUUCUCCCAAACUCCACCGCUCCACGAGGCUCACCAACCGAAGCUGGACCGGUCUCCGGAUAGCGCGUAGUGUUAGUGAGCUCUGGGAAUCGGCAUCACGGACACGAGGGGAGCUAGUGGUCGCGCCGUCAGAUGCGAAGACCAACAGAGCCGUCGACGCGCUUGAUCAGUCAGACUCGGUUUCCUGCCGCAUUUGGUUUCGACUCUCUAGUCAGUCAGGCCUAUAUGAACGCGCCCUCUCCUCCUUCUCCUGCUUCUCAAUUCAUUUUUCAGAGUCCGAAGCCGUGCGUUCGUCCCUAUCUCGUUUGUGGCAGUACCGGCCAUAGCAAUCAAGAUGGGCUUCUUUGAUGGCCUGAGGGGCAACUGGCUGAUCGCCUGCAUCACCGUUGUCAACGCGACCUCCAUGGCAUGGUUUGGAUAUGAUCAGGGCGUCUUCUCGGGCGUGUUGAUCUCAUCCGACUUCAAGCACUGGUUUCCCGAGACCAACAAAGCCAACAUCCCUGGCAUCACCUCCAGCUGCUUCUCGCUUGGCGCUUUUUGCGGAGCCAUCUUCGCCUUCACCCUCGGCGACAAGCUCGGCCGCAAAAAGACGAUCGCCCUCGGCCUCCUCUGCAAUGUCGUCGGCGCUAUCCUCCAGAUCGUGGCGUGGCACCUGCCGCAGAUGAUAAUUGGCCGCGUGAUCAACGGGUUUGGCAUGGGCCUCACCUCCUCCACGUGUCCCGUCUACCAAGCCGAGUGCUCCCGCCCGGCAGUUCGCGGCAAGUUGGUCGUGGUGCAGAGCGUGUGCAACACGGCGGCCUUCUGUCUCUCCAACUGGAUGAACUACGGUCUCUACUUCUCGGGCGGCGCUCUGCAGUGGCGCUUCCCGCUUGGCUUCCAGCUCAUCUUCCCCGCGGUCGUGUCCGUCGCCCUCCUGUUCGUCCCCGAGUCGCCCCGUUGGCUGCUCCUGCGGAACCGGCACGGUGAGGCCCUCGCGGUGAUCGCCCGGCUUGAAGGGAAGGACGCGACCAUUCACGACGACAAGGUGACGGCCGAGUACCUCUCGAUCCGCACAGCGCUGCAGCACGAGCGCAAGGACCGGCCGCCGUUCAGCGACGUCAUCCGGUUCAGAGACAGGCAGCAGAACCUGCGCCGGCUGCUCCUGUCGUGCGGCACACAGUUCAUGCAGCAGUUCUCGGGCGUCAACGCGCUGGGGUACUAUCUGCCAACCCUGCUGCAGCAAAGCGUCGGCUUCGACGAGCAGAUGUCGCGGUUGAUGACGGGAGUGAAUGGCACCAUCUACCUUGGCGCCGCCCUGUGCUGCAUCCUGAUUAUUGACCGGUUCGGGCGGAGAAAGAUGAUGCUCUACGGUGCCAGCACCAUGGGUGCCUGCUAUCUCGUCGCGGCCAUGUGCCUUCGAGCUGGGCAGGCCGGGCAAGCGGACAAAAAACAGGUAAGGACUCGAGAGUCUAAGCUCUGGUUCCCAGCUGCCUGUUGACUGGCAUAUAUAGAUGGGCAACGCUACGACGGCCAUGUUUUUCCUCUACUACUUCUUCUACGGCACCAGCUUUGCCAAGGUGCCCUGGGUGUACAACUCGGAGGUGAACUCGCUCAGGUGGCGCACUCGGGGCGCGGCGGCGGCGACGGCGACCAACUGGAUGGGUGGCUUCAUCGUGACGCAGUUCACCAAGGUGGGCGUCGACAACCUCAAGUGGGGAUUCUACCUCAUCUUUGCCGUCAUCUGCUGGGCCUACUUCCCCGUCGUGUACUUUCUGUACCCGGAGACCUC